GGUCCUAUCCCACACAAAUCAUUGUGUUGGUUGAAAAGGACCUCUCCCCUACCCUCUCUUCAAUCCAUUCGGCCAGCACAAGGGAGAUAAGGUCCAGGGAAAAGGCUCUCAAAGUUAUGGAGCUGAAGAAACCAAGAGGAGAGAAGGAUCCAAGAAGAAAAGCUAGAAGAAGAGGGAGGGUUGGCCAAUCGAUAGGAGUCGAAACCGCCGGAAACCGCCACUUCAAAGGAGCUAGUCGUAGUUGCAGACCACGAAAGCCGCCCGGCUUUCGUGAAAGCCGCCCGGCUUUUGCCCGGCAGUUCAGUUCUACACCUUCAAUCGGCCUAGAACGGGGAUUGAUCGAGGGGCUUAGCAAAUGCAACUAUUUCAGCACUUCAUAAGUUUCAGGUAGGACUUGAAGGUUGCUACCGGUGCCCGUUGCUCGGGAUAUUCAGAGGAGAAGACGUGGUUCGUGCUUCUUCUGUUUCAUGUUUUCAAAACAAUUAUAACAAUGCUCAUGGAUAUUAUUUUGAAUAACUAUUUGGGGGCUUGCAUGCCCAUGUUUGCCAAAGUGUGGCUAGGACACUUUUAUUAAAUGCUUCCGCUGUUUUUA